AUGGGAGAAGUGAGAACAAGAAAUCAAGUAGGAAAUGAGAGAAGUGAGGGCUUAAUUAUCAAAACAGCUCCUGAGAAUGAAUUAUUAGAUCAUGUUUCUCGAGAUUCAGAAACAGUCAGGUCAGAUGCCUCAAUGGGAGAAGUGAGAGCAAGAAAUCAAGUAAGAAAUGAGAGAAGUGAGAGCUCAAUUUAUGAAACAGCUCCGGUGAAUCAAUCAUUAGAUCAUGCUUCUCAAGAUUUAGGAACAGGCAACUCAGAUGUGAUUUCAGCCUCAAUGGGAGAAGUGAGAGCAAGAAAUCAAAUGAUGAAUGGGAGAAGUGAGAGCUUUUGCUCUAGUAAAAUAGCGGCUCUAGGGAAUCAAUUAGUGUCCAGCAUGUUGAUUUCACAUCACACCAGUUCAAAUGGGACCAACGAUGACUAUCAUGACAUGUUGAAGCAGAAGAUAAAGGCUAAUUUUGAAGACUGGAUCUUUUUAAUCGUGAGCAUCAUCCUAGAGCUUCUGUCAGCUGCUUUUGAUCAGGCUUCCUCCCCAAGUAAAUCAAACUAUGCACUAAUUGGUAUGUUGUUUGCUAUUGUUGCUGUAAUCAGUUGCAUCUGCGAGCUCAUUCACAAGGUUAAGAGGGAAGGAGCUAAAUUGGGGAGGUGGGGAAUGCUGUGGUGGUUUUAUCAUCCACCUCCCACUAUUACUUAAAACUGCCCAUUUUAUGUAAGAAUAUUUAUUGCCUCGGUACGUCCUUUGUGGACUGAUCUACAUGUAACUUAAACUUAUUUACGUACUUAUAUACCAUCAGUGCAGCAUAGCGUGCUAUAUUGCAGUUCAUUCCAUGCUAUAUACUCUGUCAAGAGGGAAAAAUAUAUCAAAUCUCUGCCAAUAUAUGGACUUGAAUUUUUGAGUU